AUGAUGAACCUCUUCCGACUGCUGGGGGAUUUAUCCCACCUGCUAUCCAUCCUGAUUCUGCUGCACAAGAUGAAGGUGUCGAGUAGUGCAUCUGGUAUAUCGUUCAAAUCGCAAUUCCUCUACCUGGUCGUCUACCUCACGCGCUACGUCGACCUCCUCUGGACCUUCUACGAACCCAAGUCGCUCUACAACACCAUCUUCAAGAUCAUCUUCAUCAGCACUUCGGCCUACACCGUCUACCUCAUGCUCAACGACUACAAGCCGACACACGACCCAAAUCUAGACACGUUCAAGGUGCAAUACCUGCUGGGCGCGAGCGCAGUGCUGGCGAUACUGUUUCCCUACAAAUACACAUUCACGGAGAUACUCUGGGCUUUCUCUAUCUGGCUAGAAUCGGUUGCCAUCUUGCCGCAGCUGUUCAUGCUGCAGAGGACGGGUGAGGCGGAGACAAUUACGACGCACUACCUCUUUGCGCUGGGUGCUUACAGGGCUCUGUACAUCCCCAACUGGAUCUACCGUUACAUUCGUGAGGUGCCCAAGUUCUACGAUCCCAUUGCAGUGAUUGCGGGCGUCAUCCAGACUAUUUUGUACUCUGACUUCUUCUACAUUUACUACACAAAGGUCAUCCAAGGCAAGAAGUUCAACCUGCCCGUAUAG